GUUGGCAAUGGAGGUGUCCUUCGAAACAAGAGCCUAGGAGAGACAAUUGAUUCCUAUGAUGUGGUAAUCAGAAUGAAUAAUGGCCCUGUUAUUGGCUAUGAAGAAGAUGUUGGAAGGAGGACAACAUUCCGGCUUUUUUAUCCUGAAUCUGUUUUUUCAGAUCCAGUACACUACGAUCCUAACACAACCGCAGUUCUGGUUGUCUUCAAGCCUCAUGACUUAAAAUGGCUUUGGGAUCUGUUAAGUGGUCAGCGUUUAAUUAGAACUAAUGCCUUUUGGAAGAAACCAGCAAUGAGAAUGAUAUACAAAGCAAACCAGAUCAGAAUACUUGAUCCAGCCAUUACCAGAAGAGCAGCUCACGAAUGGCUUCAUUUGCCCACAAAGUUUGCAAAACAGGAAAAGCCAAAGCAUCCCACAACAGGGUUGAUCGCCAUUACUUUUGCAUUACAUAUAUGCAGUGAUGUCCAUCUGGCAGGCUUCAAGUACAACUUCAGUGACAGAAACAGCGUCUUACACUAUUACGGCAAUGACACCAUGUCUCUGAUGAUUCAGAAUGGGUACCAUGACAUUGCUGCUGAACAAAGACUUUUGAAGGAACUCAUAGACCACCACAUUGUGAUCAACUUAACAGAAGAAUAAGAAUGGAAGACAAUUGCUAUUUUUGCCCAGAUUGAUUUUUUUUUUUGCAUUUGGACACAUUUAUUUUUAAAAAUGUUCAUAGCUCUCAAGAUAUUUAAGAAGAAGCAUAUGGAAGCCAUGCUAUGCAUGUCUCCCAGAUGUAACAAGUGUAGCAGAAUGUCCCUGCCUUGAUGGUUUCCUAGAGGAUCUGCUUCUGCUUCUUCUUUUUGUAUACCUAUGCCAGCCAGAAGAAAGAUAUGGGGAAGGCAAAAAAGAGAAAUCUGAAGGAAAAUUACCUAUAUUUUAUCAAAACUGUUGAUAGGCAACCAUAAAAAGUGAGAAUGUUUGUAUUUCACACUUCUACUUUGCACAUGCACUUAUAAGCCAAAUUUACAUCUUUACAUUAAAAUACAGCACUGAUUUUAGAUAGUUUGUUGACAUGUCCAUUCAUGGAUGACUGUCUUGACUUAUCUGUCAAGUCUUAUCCGUCAGUUGUCUUGUACUGCAAAGCUUCCUAUUCUGAGCCACUCUGAAUUCUACUUUUAAUAUCAGUACUGCAGUAGCUGUGUGAGUCCCACAAUUAUGCAAGUAAUCUCAGGAAUAAUAACCAGUAUGACUCAGCUGGUUUUUUUCAUUCCUCCAGAAGCAAAAACAUUUCAGAAGGUUUCCUUCAGUCCUCCAUCUUGUGCUCUGUUUCAGUAUGGUGCUUUCUAAGAUUCAUGAGCUAUAGCACCGGCCCCUGGUAUAAUCCAGGAGGUAUUGCAUGAAAACUGGUUUUAUUUCUUAUCCACCUAUCAUUGAAGUCAACUAAAUAAGUAACACUUGACUUCACAGAUUUUGAGUCUGGGCUUCAAGAGAUGGAUUUAUCUGUGCUAUUUUUUGGAAUUAUGUUUUCAAAAUUGGUUUGAUAAUUUAGGAGAAUCCUGGAAUAUGUGAAAAACCCUGCAUUUCAGAUUUUCAGUCUUGAAUCAUUUACAGAGUUGGGGACUGAACUAAUAUUGCAUUUGUGCACGUCAAGCAAACAUGGUUGCAACCUAAAAUGCAUUAGCCCUAGUCUGGAGAGAGGAGAAAAACGUGAUGAUAACCAUGUCUUUUUCUGUCACCAAAAGCUGUCUUAAUUUUCUUAAUGUUUAAUGUGCUCUCUCAGUGUGUAUACUUUAUGUAAAUUUAUGGGUAAAAUGUAUCUUGAUAAAUGUAAAUAACUCUGGCGCUUCAAUUUUGUGUUUGAUGUCCAUGGACCCAAAUUUGA